GACUACAGAAUAAUUACUGAAUACGAAAAUGUUUGGUGUUCAGUUCAUUAUCAGUAUUUGAAAAAUUAUAAAAAUAUUUAUUAUUCACUUAUAAAUUGUAGUGUGAAAUAAAAAUAAGGCAGACGUAUUGCGCAGAAAAUAUUGUAAAAUGUGUAUGGAAAUGGUGUGAUGCUAAUCAAAUUAUGCGGAGAGAUUCAUGCGAUAUGUUAUAUUAUUUAAACGAAAUUUGAAUACUGUCCUUUAAAGUAUUUCGAAUUUAUUAUAAUAGCCUUCUAAUCUUACGUCUUGGUAACAUCAAAGAAUUCCAAUAUUAAUGGACAAAAGUCCAACUGAAUGAAAUUUACGUCGUAUUUCGAAAUACAUGGGUAUUGCAUAACCAAUAUGUAAAGCAAUUUAAAUUAACAUGACAUUUGGUAAAUUGUGGCGACUUAAUAUAUGUACAAGCGAAAUGGAAAUUCCCUUCAACAUGCCACGAAAUGAAAUAAAACAAAGUCCCGGGCGUUAUCAAGAGCGAUUAAUGGGUAUAAUACAAGCAUGUAUGUAUGUACAUAUAUAUUUGCGGAUGGACAACAUAUCGAAGAACUCGAAAUGGUUCGAUUCUGGGUUUUACGUUAGCAGUGGCUUUGGCCGAUGUUAGUCAUCUAGGCUAUGACUACAAAGCCCCACAAACCUCUUAUGGAUAUCCAUCAUACCAACUAGGUGAAAGUUCCUCUCACCAACAAAGCUCUAAAUUAGGCGAUAUCUCUGGAUUUUCCGGGUCGUCCGGGCUGUCCGGGUCGUCCGGGCUGUCCGGGUUGUCCGGGUUGUCCGGGCUGUCCGGAUUAUCUGGACUAUCUUCCGGUUACAGCUAUAAAGGGUCAAGCUUGGGAUCCACUUUUGGUUCGACUGGCUACCGAAACCAUGCAUCUGGAUCUGGAUAUUACUUUGGUGACGCUAAUUCGGCUGGCAGUGGAUUAACCAAUAACUACUACCCAUAUUAUUCUACCUCUGGCGCUGGUUUCAACGGAUUGUACUAUCCGAUUUCUACCAGCAGUGGCUCGAACUCGGAAGUCUCAGUUAGCCCGAUAUAUUCUACAAUCGGAGCUGACCUAUCGCAAAGCUUGAUUCCUACCUAUAAUUAUAAUCAAUACAAAACAAGUGCUGCCAGCAAAUAUCAAGAACACUACGUACAACAACAACCAACUCAAGUCUACAAGCACUUCUAUGUACACGCUGCUCCUGAAGAACCCGAAAUACCAAGACCACGCCCUCCUAUUGUACUCCCGCCUGCCCAAAAACACUAUAAAAUCAUUUUUGUAAAAACACCUUCUCAAACCCGUACUCCCCAAAUUAUUCCCGUACCCCAACAACAGGAAGAGAAAACUAUUGUUUACGUCUUGUCCAAGAAACCCGAAGAAGUCCAAGAUAUUCUUGUACCAAAAAUUGAACAAAAACCACCAAGCAAACCUGAGGUGUUCUUCGUCAAGUACAAAAAUAAGGAAGAUUCGCAAGCGGUCAUUAACAACAUCGUUAACGACUACAACAAAGAACAGUCUGUAUCUUUUUCCGGGCUUGACGAUUCACCACAAAACGUCUUUGGGUCUGGAGCUCAGACCAUACUUGACUCUGGUUCUAACUUCGGAUCCGGUUCUCUUGGAGUCUUUGGAGUAUCAUCACCUUCUCCUAUUCCACUUGGGCACUACACGGAACAGCUGUCUGAUUCCCCAGUAGAAAUCCCUGCUUCUGUGGGCAGCUUCGGAACUCAAACAGUUGCUGUUAAUCAACCUUCUGGUUCUGAUUCAUUUAGCGCUCAUCCUUCUUUAAGCCUUUCUGACUCUAGCGUUCUCAGUAACUCCCCUAUUUCAAGCAUCUCUUCCGUGUCCAGCGUACCUGAAAGCAGCACGGCUAUCAGUGGCAGCGGUACAGUUAGCUCCACGCCCUCUAGUCUCUUGUUGGACGAUGUGAAUACUAUAUCUACUAGUCAAGGAGUCCCACAUGAAACCUACGGACCUCCAAAAUUCCGUGCUAAUUAAAAUUUGUAAUGUACAUUAAAUAGCAGUUUUUCACUAUUAUAAUACUCUAUAUAUUAUUGUGAACAUGUACCUACCGAUGAAUUAUAAUAAAAUCUUUGAAUUGAUUA